AAUUAGUAAAGCUAUGCCAAUUUGCACCAGCUGUGGUUUAGUUGCUUUGUGGGAGCCCAAACUGGUACUGGAGGAACCUACAGUCACACUGGGUAUUUCUCUAAUUCAAGCAUCUUCCAAACUAUCCUACAAUUAAUGUAGUUAUGGGAAAGCUGGAUAUGGUGGGGGAACGGAGAGACAACUGUGCAGCUAAUGAGUCUCUGAUUGCAUUUCUGCCAGGGAACCCAGCAUUUCAGAAGCAGACUGUCAGACUAAAGGUGACGAAUACAUGCCUAGCCCUUGUCUCUGCCACCUCAGAACUGAGCUCAAGCUGCUGCUGGAUGUGGUUUCCUGCCUACUGAAGCUGGAAGGUGGAACUGAGUGAAUGACGCAACGAGAAGACAAAACAGAGACUAGCUACUCAGAGGCCGGAGGGGAGAACUAAGGCUCAGCUACUUGAGACAGGCGUGGCUGGGAGAGAAGCUGAAAUCUAACUGUCCAAGAUGUUGGAAUAGAGGCUAUUCAGGGUUCCAUGCACACACAGCAAUUCGAGGCACGCGCCUGCCUGGAGCAGAGAAGAAGUGUUGGAUCUCCUGGGAGUGUAGGAAGAAGAGGCUGUGGAAGCACAACUACAGAAACAGCCAUAGAAACGUGGACAUCUGCAAGCAGAUUGCAGGUGGUUGCAGGCAAAGGGGUACAAUAGGGAUCAGCAGCAGUGGCAAUGGAAAAGCAAAGGAGAAUCAUCAGGGAUACCAUAAAGCGAGGGAAGGCAAAAAGUCUGGUGGUGUCCCACAGACUUGCUGCUUUUAGAAUGAACUGCAUGCCAUACUUGGAGGAGAACCCACAUCACCAUGGAUACUGUGGAGGAGCCCAAGACACAAACUCCUGCAAUGAAUAGUGAGGAGGCAGAAGUGGAGGAGAGAGACACAGUAAGAGACUCCAACAAUGCCGCGAGCCAGGACCUAUUUGAAUCUCAGCAGGAGUCUAGCUAUUCCCACAAGGCAAGUGUGGAUGAGCCCAGUGAUGAAAGGAAAAGGAGCUUGGCUUCUCAAGAGGAUGCUGCAUCUGCUACUUCGAUGGCCGUAUUAGAGGGCUGGAUGACAAUUUCAAGGUUACGGUUUGGGGUUUUGCAUUCUGAGACAAGGAAAAUCAAUCCUAAUCUACAGAGGGACUGAAUUGCAAAUGUCAGAGUGCAAAGGGCUUGAGCCUGGCAGAUGAGAACCAGAGCCAUUCGCAUGUUUAAUGUCAUCAACAACAGAAAGGGGAAAACAAAAAGGAAUCUUGGAUGACAGGAAAACCCAGUGGAUCAUGUUUUUAUAAGCUAAGCAAUUUUUGUUUAUGUUUACUGUGCUGCAAACAUAUGGAGGAGCUGUAAGUAAAUGUACUUUACUGCAUGAUGAACUGGAUGGCUAUCGUCUGGAGGAAAGCACAAUAAUCGUUUCAUUUCUGUGGUGAUUUGCUAAGCUUGUGGUACAAUGCCAGAAAGACUAACGGAGAUGCUUAUGGAUGUAUGGACUCCAUUAAUAAUAUUAUGGAUUACUGUCCUUCCUUCCAUUUAUAUGGCUCCAUUGAAUCAAUCUGAAAUAUUACCAAGUGGAUCCAAUAUGGGACUAAAUGGGCUCAGUGGAGAACAGAAGGUUUUGAACCGUUCAAAGAGGGGCUGGGUUUGGAACCAAAUGUUUGUAUUAGAAGAAUUUUCUGGACCUGAACCAAUAUUAGUUGGCCGGCUACACACAGACUUGGAUCCUGGAAGCAGCAAAAUCAAGUAUAUCCUAUCAGGAGAUGGAGCUGGGACAAUCUUUGUGAUCAAUGACAAGACUGGAGAUAUUCAUGCUAUGAAAAGACUUGAUCGUGAGGAAAAGGCAGAGUACACGCUAACAGCACAAGCAGUCGAUGGGGAUACAAACAAACCUCUGGAGCCGCCUUCAGAAUUCAUUAUUAAGGUUCAAGACAUCAAUGACAAUGCACCAGAGUUUCUUGAUGGCCCAUAUCAUGCCACUGUUCCAGAAAUGUCCAUUGUGGGUACCUUUGUUACUAAAGUAACGGCCACAGAUGCAGAUGAUCCAGUUUAUGGAAACAGCGCAAAGCUGGUUUACAGCAUUUUGGAAGGACAGCCUUACUUUUCAAUUGAACCACAUACAGCUAUAAUUAAAACUGCCCUCCCUAACAUGGACAGGGAAGCCAAAGAAGAAUACUUUGUGGUCAUCCAAGCAAAGGACAUGGGUGGACAUAUGGGCGGACUGUCUGGAACCACCACAGUGACAAUUACACUCACUGAUGUUAAUGACAACCCUCCCAAAUUUGCACAGAGUCUGUAUCACUUCUCAGUAAUGGAAGACAUUGCUCUUGGGGAGCCAAUAGGAAGGGUUAAAGCAAAUGACCUGGAUAUUGGAGAAAAUGCUAAAUCAUCCUAUGACAUCAUUGAAGGAGAUGGAAUGGAUAUAUUUGAAAUCACAUCAGAUGUUCAGACUCAGGAUGGUAUUAUUAGACUGAGAAAGCCCCUGGACUUUGAGACUAAAAAAUCCUAUACUCUGAAGGUAGAAGCAGCCAACAUUCAUAUUGAUCCUCGCUUCAUCAGUGGAGGACCAUUCAAGGAUACAGCAACAGUAAAAAUUGUAGUGGAGGAUGCUGAUGAACCACCAGUCUUUUCAUCACCUACUUAUCUACUGGAAGUGCAUGAAAAUGCUGCUAUUAACUCUGUGAUUGGUCAGGUGACCGCUCAUGACCCUGAUGUGUCUUCUAGUCCUAUAAGGUUUUCCAUUGAUCGACAUACUGACCUUGAGAGACAGUUCAACAUUAAUGCAGAUGAUGGAAAAAUAACUUUGGCAACGCCACUCGACAGAGAAACAAACACGUGGCACAACAUAACUAUUGUAGCUACGGAAACUAGGAACCACAGUCAAGUAUCCCGAGUGCCUGUGGCUAUCAAAGUUCUUGAUGUAAAUGACAACGCUCCUGAGUUUGCAUCAGAGCAUGACGCCUUUUUAUGUGAGAAUGGGAAGCCUGGACAAGUAAUUCAAACUGUCAGUGCCAUUGACAAAGAUGAUCCUAAAAAUGGACAUUUUUUUCUAUAUAGUCUUCUUCCUGAAAUGGUCAACAAUCCGAAUUUCACCAUCAAGAAAAAUGAAGAUAAUACACUCAGCAUUUUGGCAAAGCACAGUGGAUUCAGCCGUCAGAAGCAAGAAGUGUAUCUUUUACCAAUCAUAAUAAGUGAUAGUGGAAAUCCUCCCAUGAGCAGCACCAGCACCCUUACAAUUCGGGUCUGCGGUUGCAGCAGUGAUGGUGUUGUUCAGUCCUGUAACGUUGAAGCUUAUGUACUUCCUAUUGGACUCAGUAUGGGAGCCUUAAUCGCCAUAUUAGCAUGCAUCAUUUUGCUGCUAGUUAUUGUGGUGCUGUUUGUAACAUUGAGAAGACAUAAAAAUGAGCCUCUGAUUAUCAAAGAUGAGGAAGACGUGAGGGAAAAUAUAAUCCGUUAUGAUGAUGAAGGAGGUGGCGAAGAAGAUACAGAAGCUUUUGACAUUGCAACUUUGCAAAAUCCAGAUGGAAUUAAUGGAUUUUUACCCCGUAAGGAUAUUAAGCCUGAUCUUCAGUUUAUGCCCAGGCAGGGGCUUGCACCUGUUCCUAAUGGUGUUGACGUUGAUGAAUUUAUUAACGUAAGGCUUCAUGAAGCUGAUAAUGACCCCACGGCUCCACCUUAUGACUCCAUCCAGAUUUAUGGCUAUGAAGGAAGAGGCUCAGUGGCUGGUUCCCUUAGUUCAUUGGAGUCCUCUACAUCAGACUCAGAUCAGAAUUUUGACUACCUCAGUGAAUGGGGUCCCCGCUUUAAAAGACUUGGAGAACUCUACUCAGUCGGAGAAAGUGACAAAGAAACUUGACAGUGGAUUACAAACUUUUUCACUCUUGACUUAAGGAUCAUGUAAUAUUCUAGGGCCACUGCUGUUAGUUACGACUAAUGUGGCUUUUUGUUUUAGAGGCAAGUUUAGCGCCAGUCAUCUAAAAAAUCAUAAAAUCACCUUCAUUGUAAUGUUGAAUAAAAAAAAUAAAGUAUAUGUUAGGAGGUAUAAGUCUUGUGGAGUGUGAAUUAAAGUAUGUGGAGUGUCUAGAAGUCUUUGGAUAUUCGAUAUUCACUUGACCACCCUGAAGAUGAAGAUUUGGAUCUUUGAUAAUCUUCAGUGAAAUGAAAGGAAUUAAAAGGAAAGGCUGCUUGUCUAGAUAAUGGACCUGCAAUGGUUUUGCUAUUGAACAGAAUCGGCUGUCAGUAUGUAAAGCUAAUGGUGUGUUUCCGCAUUGCCAACAAAGAUCCUACCACAAAAAUGUUAAAAGCAAUAUCUGGUCUUCUUUGCGAUGCUGAAUGGAAACAGCACUGUAAAUCCCUACUGGCUUCUACUGUGCAGUGACCAUACAUUGUACAUACGGUAAUUGUUGGCCACAUAACCACAGACUGAACGUCAUCUUUAAAUAUUGUGUCAAGCCUUAAAAUAUUCACAUGUUCUUAAUCCAUUCCAGUGAUGGGAUUAGAAACCCUACCAAUGUGCAGAGGUUCAAGAGUGGGGGUUCAAAACCCUACUUUAAAAGAGGAUUGUUUUAGAGAAGAAGGAACUCCUACUCCAUCUUCUGAAAGGGGAAAGAAAAAGAAACUGUGAAAGGAGAUGGACUUACAUAUAUGAAACAAUUAAUGAUUUUAUUGCUAAAGAUUGAAUUUAUUUGUUUAAUCCUGAAAUAAAUAUUUUAUUGAUGUCCAUUACUGCUUUUAUUUAUUAAGGGUAAUAAUCUAUAGUGUAAGAUUAUAAAGAAACCUAAAUUAUAUCCAUUAAUAAACCUUUAGAGUUUUUUCUAUAUAUAAAAUGAAUGUUUAAUACAUGUACAUUUUGAAAAGAAAAUGACAAUUUGUUGCAGGUUAAAGCAGUAACCUAUCCAUUUGCAGUAGCUGAGUUUUAAGUGAAUGCUGGCAGGAAUAAAACUUUCCCAGAUAAAACUUUUGACAGUUUUAUAUUUUCUUCAUAAAUCUAGUAACUGGCGUUUUUAAUACAAGCACAAACAGCUGGAAGUAAACUGGUUCAUGUGAAUAUUUAAACUGUAGACUUUUAGAAAUCCACACAUUACACAGUACAGUAAAACAAUGCUUAUAGUUCUCCACUGUAUUAGAGCAGGAACCAGUAUGUACAUAAGUUUACUGCUUCUGUUAUUAGCAUUUCUUUUAUAUAAUAUUCAUGGUGAUGCACCAGGGCUCUUGCACACACUGAAAACAGCACUAGGAGCUGCAAGCAUAUUCAAUUUGUAAUGCAAACUUGCCAUUUAGAAGUAGCAAUUGUAUAAUAAAACUGAGUAUUACAUGCAAAUCAUUUUAAUUUUCUACUUUAUUUUGAUGCUAUAUUAUCAUUUGUUUAU